AUGUCUUCUUCUUGGAUCAACAUUCCCGAUGAAUCAGACUUCUCCUUGGCGAAUAUUCCCUUUGGAGUGGCGUCUUUCGCUGGGUAUUCCCAUUCUACACCCUUUUGCACCACCGCAGUGGGCAACCAUGUGAUCAACUUGGCCGUACUAGAAGAUGCGGGUGCCUUUGACGCGAUUCGUGAGCUGCUACCCGACACGUUUCAGCAAUCGACUCUCAAUGCAUUUGUGGAGCAGUCUCCUGUUGUGUGGCCCAAAGUGCGAGCUCGUCUCGUCGAGUUGUUUCGUGAAGAUGGCGGUGAUGGAUUCCUUCGUGACAACCAAUCGCUGCAAAAAGCGUGCAUGUACGAGGGAUCCAAAGUUCAGAUGCAUCUACCCGUGAAGAUUGGAGAAUAUACUGACUUUUACUCGUCUCGUGAGCAUGCAACAAAUGUCGGGGUAAGUAUCUGA